UAUUUUUAUUUUAGCUUUUUGUAAUAUUUAAUAAUUUAGAAAAAGAACACAGACCACAUUUUAGAUCUUACAGAUAUUCAUCGAUGACCAAAUUUUCCCAAUUUUGACUCCGCCAUGUCUCCGCCGUCCUCCGCCGUCCUCAUUUUACUGGCGGCGCUUUUCCCCGCCGUCGUAUCGUCUCACAGCUGCUCAUCGCCGCCGGCGGGGUGCCCGCCGUUCGAUUCUCCGCCGCCGUUCCCGUUCUCCUCCCUCCCCGGCUGCGGCCACCCCUCCUUCCAAAUCCACUGCCUCCCAUCCUCACGCGCCGCUAUUUCCAUCGGAGAACACUUAUUCUCCGUCCUUCAGUACGAACCAAACUCCACCUCCCUCACCCUCUCCCCGGCGGCGGUGGCGCCGCCCCCGCCGCCGCACCGGAACUGUACUCCGAGCUCCACCAUCUCCUACCUCAACGGAUCCAUCUCCUUCUCCGGCACGAAAUUUCGCAUCUCCGAUUCUUCCUGCUCCCGUCUCUCAGCUCUCCGGCCAUGCCCGCCGCCGAAUCUCCCCGACUGCCGGCGGUGCUCCUGGGAAUGUAACCUAAUUAAUACCCCCACGCAUCUUAUCCGCGAGUGCGCCGCCACGCGCCGCCGCGACGACGACCAGUCUAUUUGCCAGCGCGACGUUCUCGGAGAUCUGGACGCCAUUUUGAAAUUAGGUUUUGAAGUUGAGUGGGAAGAAGAAGACCGCUAUUUCUCCAGCUGCAAAUCUUGCCAGGCCGUCAAUGGCGUCUGCGGAUUCAAUUCCUCAGACCUUGAAAAGCCAUUCGUCUGCUUCACAUCCAAACCUCCAAUCCGCCAGAAAAGCCCCAAUCGAAUCGCAAUUUUGUUCAUAACCGUCUUCUUCGUCUUCUUCCUAAUCGCUCUCGUCUCCAGCGUCGUCGUUUUCCGCUCCAAACGGAAAACCCCAACGGAGGAAGAUCCGACCGCCAUAUUCCUCCGCCGCCACCGCUCCGCCGCCGCCGUGUUCACCUACGAAGAAUUAGCCGCCUCCACAAACCACUUCGAUUUGAAGCGCAAAAUUGGGGACGGCGGAUUUGGCUCUGUAUAUUUAGGUCAUCUCCACGACGGCCGAUUAGUCGCCGUGAAACACCUCCGGAAGCACAAUUCCGCCGCCGCCGGCGCAGAGAAAGGAUUCUCCAAAAAAUCAUUCUGCAACGAGAUCCUGAUACUGUCCUCCAUCAACCAUCCAAAUCUGGUCAAGCUCCAUGGCUAUUGCAGCGAUCCAAGAGGCCUCCUCCUGGUGUACGACUACGUCCCCAACGGCACUCUCGCCGAUCACCUCCAUGGAAAUCACAGAAAAGGAGCUCUAACCUGGAAAACCAGGGUCGACAUUGCUCUGCAAACUGCCAUGGCCAUUGAGUACCUUCACUUCUCGUUAGUACCCCCUGUAGUUCACAGAGACAUAACUUCCUCAAACAUUUUCGUCGAAAAAGACAUGAGAGUUAAGCUCGGCGAUUUUGGGCUGUCGAGGCUUCUGAUAUGCUCCGAAUCGCCGCUAUCAUCGAAGAACACUUCCGACGGCGUCUGGACAGGGCCACAGGGCACGCCGGGAUACUUAGAUCCCGACUACUACCGGUCAUUCAUGUUGAACGAAAAGAGCGAUGUAUACAGCUUCGGAGUUGUCCUGCUGGAAUUGAUGACCGGAAUGAGAGCCGUCGAUCAGAACCGCGAGAAACGGGAAAUAACGCUGGUGGACAUGGUGGUGCCGAGGAUCCAGACGGGGCUAUUGCACCAGGUCGUCGACCCAGUUUUUUCCGUCGAUCGGGAAGCCAUGGAAGGAGUUUGCGCUGUUGCAGAGCUUGCAUUUCAGUGCCUUGCAGCCGAUAAAGAUGACCGGCCGAAUGCUAGGGACGUCGUAGCCGAGCUUCGGAGGAUAAAGGGCUGCCGGAGCAGCACCGGCAGCGUUUUGCGGAGCUCGAAUUCGAGCAAUGUUGUCGUUCCCGACGGCGUUUGAUCAAGAAUUCCCGGCUCAGGUGUAUUUAUGUUUAGGUGAAUCUAACGUUAAAAGAUGUCAAAAUGCUUUUGCCCUUUUUUAGUUCGAAAUGGAAAGUUUGAUGCUUUUUCUUUAAGUAGACUCGCACAACCGAUAAAUUUUCGGUCGAACUUAGUAAAAGGAAGAACUUAGUAACAAGGAACCGUCAUUAUUGCUCAACGACAAAGUUUUCAUUACAGCGUGUGCUGAUAUACAUAGUCGAACAUUAUUACAAGAUCGCGUUUGUUUACAUAUUUACCUUAGUGAAAUACGCAGUUUCGAGGGCCCUCGCCUUCUCUCCGCAUCGCGCAGCUUCGUCUCUUUGUCCUGAACUCGCAUAUGCCUUUUCC